GUAUUGCACACAUUCAGAGACAAUCCUGGGAGUUUCCGGGCAUUUUGAUCAGGAUUACUACAAAGUGUUGACUUAGACUGCAGCUAUGUUAAAAGAAGUCUUCUCUCUUGUUCUGUCUUUGUACACUUUGUUGUAUCAGACCAUCGUUCCCUGCUUGGAGCCUGAGAUGCUGUCUGUGAACGCGAUCGACCGGCAGAAGCAUCUGGGGACAUGGUACUUUAAAGCUGCAGUCAGUCACAGAGAGGCGGACAUCCAGAAGUUCAGAGUGCUGGACAACAUUGUCUUCACCAUGGAGGAAAGAGCAAACGACACACUGCUGCUGACUGGACACAUGCGCAUGGGGGAUAACUGCAUAAAGCAGACCUGGACCUAUCAUAUAAAUCUUGAGAGCAAUGAUUUGGAACUGGAAGGAAGGCCACAGCGCAAGAACCUACUAUGGAGUGGCAAGUGGGCCGAAUGCUCCGAAUGCAUCAUUUUCCAGGAAAUAGAGCCUCCACUAGACAAGGAGAAAGGAACGGAAGACUCCCUGCAUAGACACAUGCUGUAUUCUCGCAGCAGUAAUAGCUCUGACAUCGUGGCAACAUUUCUGAAAAAUGCAGCCUGUCAUGACAUGCAGGCGAACGUCACACCACGUCAAGAGAAAGAGUUUUGCACGUAGUUAUCAAGAUUACGGUUACUGUUGGAUCCACUGGCAUCCUCAAUUACAAGAAUAUUUCUUUCUUUUUUUCUUGAGUAAUUGUUAACCAAUUAAAACCAAAACACCUAA